CCCUGAGUUGGCCUCGUGGAGAGAAGACUAUUGAGUGUCGCAUAAACUUCAUCAAGACUCAGCAUGCAAGACUUCAAUGGACUAUCGGCCUUGAUUGCUCAAUCCGUGAUUCAAUUUGGGCCAAGCACGCACAACAUGGAGAUGUCAGUGGUCCGAUGGUCGUGGCGCCCGAAUUCAAAGCAAGUGGAAAUCACAGCGCCUUCAGUUUGGAAGCAUGCGCAUAUUGUUGAAGUGGUCGAGCUGAGCGCGCCGAGCCUGUACACAACGUGCAGGUUGAAUCACUUUGCAGGUCUAGUGAAUGCGUUGGUGAUGUUUGUGGAGACAGAGGCUGGAGGGAAGCAGAUCAGGGAGGGCGGGUCGAUGGCGGUCGAAUUGCCUAACCACCAAGCUCCAGCCACAACUGAUUACUUAAGCGCUCCAACUGGGGGUGGUCUGCUGUGGCAGUUCAUGCAUGCCCCGCCAUCAACUCAAUCAACCCCGCAGUCGGCCGUCCUUGGAACAGAGAAGACAAGAGACAGGCACGCGUCUCCUACUUCCUUGAAUCCUUCGCUUGACAUCUUUUUGCAAGCGACCCCUCCACUGUCAAAACCGGCCCUUCCAAAUCGUCAUGGCCGACAAUGACAAGUCAGAAACCUCUGGUGAGCCUCAAGGCCGCCAUGUAAUCUACUGCGGCGUCUGCACCCUUCCCCCAGAGGUAUGUUAUAAU